CGCCAGCUCCCCGCCGAGGAAGACAACUUCCCUUUAACCGCAAUAUCGUGCGUUGAAGGCAUUCUGACAAGAAACUUAGAAGGGAUCCUUUACGUUUUUGGAAAAUGCUGCAUCAAAAGGAGAAAGAAGCUGAAGAAACGCCCGGAGGAAGAUGGUGUAACAAUGACCGAGGUUUCAGGGACUCUUGGUUCACUGCCUGUCUACAGGAGACAUUAUUACCUGGAAAACCAUGGCAUAAGGUUUUAGAGAGACUGGAAGCUGCUCUUGCUGAAGAAGUAAAGCACCAGAUAAGUGACUUGAAAGAAAGAGAAAUGGUUUUCCAUCUCCUCGGACAGAGCUUUGUGGAACGACAUUUGAAUGAUUGUCCUAUUCGGCCAACUUCACUAUUCCCUGACUUGAACACGUUCCGCAGCAUUGGUCUGGAAGACAAUGCGCGAGCCUGGCUACGGAAUCGGUGCUUCAAAGCAGCAGAGCGCAUGAACUGUCAGUUCCAUUUUGAGGGGGACGCAGCUGAACUGACGCCGGAAAUGGCCCGUUUCCUUGACGAUGCCUAUAACGUCGUGGCAGCAGAGAUGGAGUUGCUGCUGGCCGGCAGUGCAGUCAGGCACAAGGUAACUGGCGCUCUCUUCUGUUCUGCUGACCACCUGGCAACGAACACGUGUUACUUACCGCCAGGAUCCCGUUGUUGCGACAAGUGGGAAGUGUGUGGAAGGGACGGGCUUUUAUAUCACGAGAAAAGUAGCAAGUCUCUUGUUCCCUUCGCAGACUUCCAGUGGCAUAUCAGGCCUGAGCUACAUCCCCCUGUCCUCAGCUGCCCGGAGAGCAACUUAUUAGGGAAUAUGCUCUGCGAUAUAAUCUCACAAGGUUCUGAGAAUAUGUCUAUCGUGUGCGAAAGACUCAGUGGGAAAUUACUGCCGUGGAUGCUUCGGCAGUUCCUUUGGAACGAUAAGCUCCUGAGGACAGGCUUUGAAAACCACACGACUCAAGGGCAAAUAUCUGUUGCUGCGAGAGAAGCCAGGGAGAAAUUUGAGCAAACUGUAGCGCAGAGGGUGGCUGAGCGGAAGCUUCGAAGUGCCGCUCGGUCACCGCUUUCAGGCCUGAUUGAAAAUGCGGUGGUGGAGGAUUUCUUAGCGGAACUGAUACUUCAGGAAAAAGGCAGCGCUCCAGGGAUUGGUGCGUCCGAAAGCGAGCCUGAUCUGAGCAUCACACAGUUGCUGCUGACCAGCCCAGUCCUUUUUCUCAGGAAGUGGAUGUGGGAGGUAAGCCGGUGA